GUUGCUUCUACUUUUCUGUCUACACAACGGUGGGAAUGUUGGAAGCCUGGAAGCAAACCAAAGGCCAAUAAUGGCGGCAAAAAAAAAAAAAAAAACUGAAAUAUCUCUAAAAAAUUCCCCUUUUUCUCGCAACCCAUAGUACUAAAAAAUUUCUAAUAACUCAUAUUUUAAACAUUUAUCUGCACCACAAUAACUAGAACAGUUUGAAAACAAAGACGGUGAGAGUAAAGUGAAGAGUUUCCUAACAGGGUUUAGUCUUGUAUCUCUUUUUCUAUUUGCCUUUUUGCUAGUCAUUGACAAGGAAAGACAGUGACUUUCAGAGAGUUUUUUCUUUUUCCAUUUUUAGGUGUUUGUAUUAAUGGCUUUAGCCUUUUGGACAAGGGAACAUCAACCCUAGAUGGUUGAAAAAUUGCAACUAUAAAACUUGAUACUAUUUGUAAUAGUUUCCAACUGCAGAAUACUGAAUCAUUCCCUUCCAAGAUCAUGAUGGGUCAUCAUCAAGAUCCUGACCGUCCAUCCUCUGAUGGUGAUGAUAAUGGUGGUGGUGGUGCUGAAAGUGGGCCAACUCCUAACCACAACAAAGCUAACAAAAUGCUUUCUUAUAAUUUAUACUCUGAUGCUGUUGUUCGUCCAGCUACUGGUGAUGCAAGUGUUGUAAGGACUUUACAGCCUUUUGAUAUUUCUACCAACUCCCCAGCUGCAGGAGUUAUGGGGUACCCUUUUACAUGGGCUCAGUGGAAAGAACUGGAGAUGCAAAAUAUAAUCUACAAGUACAUUGUCUCAGCUAUAUCUGUGCCUCAAGAUCUUCUCUUAUCAAUUUGCACAAAUUCUUCUGGAGCUCUUCACAGUGCUUCUCACACUACCUCGGUACAAGGCCAGAGAUACACAAAUAUAAGGGAUCUAGAGCCAGGAAGGUGCAAAAGAACUGAUGGAAAGAAAUGGAGAUGCUCAAGAGAUGUAGCACCUAAUCAGAAGUACUGUGAGCGCCAUAUGCAUAGAGGUCGUCCAGCCCGUUCAAGAAAGCAUGUGGAAGUUCAUGGGGAUGUUAACAAUAAGAAGAAACGCCUUCAACCUGCUCCUCUUGAAUCUACUCCUGUGGUUGUUCCAAUACCCACACCUGUUGGUCAAAGCAACAAACCUUUAACGAAGCAACCUGUUAGAUCUACCUGUCAGCAAAUCCAGGGUCCCCUGUUUUUCCAUGAUAAGAUGGAGGAAAAUAUUUCCACUGAUCCCUUUCUCAACGAACUAUACAGAAAUUCAGGCUGGAUGAUGGAAGGCGAAUUGGUAGCAAAGGCUGAUGAUGCUAGACAGCAGUGGCAGCAUUUGAUGGACUCAAGCGCAGGUUACUCAGCAGAUGCAAUGAUUCACCCAGAUUUGCAGCAUGGUUACAGGGAAGAGGCUUUAAAUUUACUGGCGUGUAGUGAUAUGGAAAGAGCUGAAGAUGUGAGUGUCAAGCACAAUGGUGAGUUCAAUUUCAUGAUAAAUCCUGAAUUAGUUUCUAUGGGUAAGCAAUCUGCGAAGGAGGCUCCCAGGGACUUGAUUAAUGCAUGGUCUAAUGAUAGCGUCCACAACAAUGGUAACAAUGAGAAUAUGGAGGCUUCGUUGUGGCCACCGCAAGGGAACAUCUCCCCCUCAUCGCUUACUCUGUCUAUUGCUAUGGCUGCUGGUGAUGCCCUUGAUGAGGAUAUGGGAUUGGAUAGUAGAUUUAUGAAUGCUAAUCAACACAAGUCUUGGGAGAACAGUUGGGUCCCUUUUGCAUCCGGAGGACCAUUGGCUGAAGUUUUACACCCCAGCUCUUCAUACACUAGCAACGGUGAUUCAAUCAGCCCAGCAGCGACGACUGUUUCAUCGCCUUCUGGGGUUCUUCAAAAGACAUUGUUUUCUCACUCUGAUAGCAGUGUUUGCAACAGCCCAAUUCUUGCUGCUCCGACUAAUACGUCUGAGACGGUUCCAUUCCAGUGGCUUAGAAUUCCAGAAUGACUCUUCCUUCCUUUUUUUGCUUUACUUUUCUUGCUUUUUAUCAAAUGACGCCAGAAGUUUACAAAGCGACUGGCUAAGGUUGAUUUUCAGGCAAAUCUCAAUUCCCAAACACAAGAUCAAAGAACUUUUAUACUAUUAAACUAUCGGACAAGUUGCUUAGGGAAUAUAGACUUUUGGGUGUGUGUUGAAUUGUACAGUUUUUCUGCCUUGUUUAUGUUCCUGAAGUAUUGGGCGUCUUGACACUUAAAAAGUGAAUUAGAAUGAUCUGAUCUUCGGUUAACCAUGGAAA